AUGGGGAAACCACCUGAAAAACCAUUAUCUUUCGCAGCAGCGGCUGCUGCCCCAUCCAAGGAAACCCUGACACUGUGGGGUGGGGGUCUAAACGGCUUCCAACCAUGGUGCCAUGCGGACAAUGACAAUGCAUUACUUUUCGAGUUGACUAACACCAAGAUAUCCGAUAUUGCUUUUCGAAGUGCUGCACGUCAAGUUUUCUCCCCGAACGAUACCUGUGGAUUGAUCAUUCGCACCACCCACCGAAGAACGAUAGCCGAAGUCGUCUUUAACUCCUACGCUUUACGAGAAAAACACAUAGGGUCUAAAGUUACCCUCCCCAAUGGCCAAAUCAUCGCAGGCCAUGUACCUAUUCCCGAACACUGGGAUAUCGUACGUGUCAACCUGUCAAAUCUCCCAGCUGUACAACAUCGUAAAUUGACAACAAUGAUCCUCCAUGCUCUUCAGCCCUAUGGCCACGUUAUUGAAGUGUGCAUUCAUCUUGAACAAGGUUGGUUCACAGGAACCGGUUACGCUAUCAUCAACAAAGCAGCAGAUAACAGCCCUCGGAAACCCAAUGCCACGAAGUCUCCUCCGCUACCUCUCGACCAUACCAUCCCCAUCACUUCCGAAAAAGGAAAAGAAACAACCAACAUGUAUGCUACCUGGGCACAAAUGCCUCUCUAUUGCCGCUAUUGCCACGCCUCUGGUCAUUCACGUCUGUCAUGCCCAAGUAAACCAUCCCCCAGAUGUUUCCACUGUCAAGUCCUAGGUCAUAUUAAGGCUAUGUGCCCCUACCGCAAAGAAAGUCUACAGCAAACCCCCAAAGUAUCCUUUACAGCAAACGCUCAACAAUCGACUAAACGGCCUCGUGUAACACCCUCACUACCUCCGACAUCCACAAAGCAUGAACCUAAAUCUAUUGAACCAUCUAAGUCAAGCCCACCACGUGCACCGCCCAACGUCCCUGCUUCUCCCAACCCCGCUCUUAAGGAUCACAAACAGCCCGCCAACGCUAUGGAACAAGACCCUCCCCCCUCACCCGCUACGAUUAAACCCGAUGAUCUGCCUCCAUCGCCACCAAUCCAAGAUGAUGAUGAACGUAUGGAAGAUACCUAG